AUGGGUCCGGAUCUCGGGAAAGCUGUACAGGAUGCCCCACGCGACGUAGACCCGACCGCUUACUUGGGGAAGGGUGGCCGCGACCGGAGAUCUGACGAUUCCGGUCAGGCUGUGGAGGAUCUCGAGGAGCGCGGCGGAUUGGGCGAGGAGGAGGGGUUUUUCGACGGCUGCGUAGACAGAGCGGUGGCCGGUGGUGAGGAGGGCGGUGCCCGCGAUGUAGAGGACCUGGGACCAGCCGAGGAAGAGGGUCCAGUUGUAGAAGACGAGGUAGGUUCGCCGGAGGGAGGGGAAUAUUCCGGCCAUCCGAUAAUGGAUUGGCGGCGGGUGUUUGGAUUUGUGGGGAUUGAGGAGAUGGAGACACUAGUUUAUUUAUUGGGCAGCCAGGAAAAGGAUAAAAUGAAUGCCUAA